AUGGAGAACACAGCCCCACAGCCAACUAAGACUGGUCUUAAAGAUUUCAACGUCGCUUCGCCUAUCGAAUCCGCAUCCUCACCUUACCAACUCUAUUACAUUCGUUUUUAUUCUCCAAGUAGAAUUUCUCGUACCCCAUCAUCCUACGCUCUCGGUUACCGUCCAAGAUGGGGCAGUGGUCUCGUCGACGCAUCUACCACAAUCUACAUCGGAUGUGCACCUGGUACUGCCGGUAGAAUUGAGGGAAAACCAUACAGAAAAACAAACAUCGCGGCGGAGAAAAGAGCAAGACAGGUAGAAAGAGCAGAUGUACAUUGGCUGGGAAAAAUCAAUGAUGUAGAUAGGGUGGUGGCAAUUAUGGGGAGGGUGAGCUGGAAUAAUGGCACGGAUAUUGGUAAGGCACAAAAGCUAUGGUGUCAGAGAGUUGCUUUAUGGAUCAAUUGGGAUUGGACAUGGAUUGUUGCUGGAUGGGUUACGUUGCCAAAAGAUGAGGAGAUGGCUAGGAGGGUUUGGACUUUGGGAAGUUGA